AUGAUAAUUAAUUUAUUAAGGAAAAAGGGUGGGACUGUGAGUACUUUGGGUAUAGCAAUUUCAGAAAGAAAAGGGUAUUUUAUAAAUUAUAACAAAAAACUGUUUUAUUAUAACAUGAGAAAUGAUAUGAAGAGUUUUAAUAAAAAUUAUUAUCAUAAUAAUAAUUUCAAAUAUGUGGAAGAAAAAACAAAUAAGAAAAAACAAAAAAAAAUUAUUGAUAUAAAUAAUUCUGAUGAAAAUUUUAAAGAUUUCUAUUUUAAGAAUAAAACCAUUGAACGUAAAGUUGCAGAUAUAAAAAUUAAAGACAGUCAUAAUAAAACACUUUUUGAAUAUAUACCUAUAGAAGGAAGAACAAAUAAGGUACCUAUAGCAUUUCGUUUGUUUCAUUAUAUUUUUUUAUUUAUAUUAUCAAGUGGAGUAAUAUUAAUACAUGUACUACCAGAAAUCAAUAAAGAAAAAUAUAUCAGAGAUUUAUAUACUUUUCAAAUUUAUUCUUUGUCAUGUUUUUUAGUAUUUAAUGGUGGUUUCAAUUCUUUAUUUCAAUUAAUACAAUAUGCUAUACCAAGUAAUAGAAAAUAUAAAGGAUUAUAUAAUACACUUCGUUUUAUAUCAUCAUUAAUACCUUUAUUUUGUGCAAUUAUAGCUACUAUAUUAUCUGAGAAAUUCCCUAGAGAUAGUUUAUUCUUAUUAACAAUAUCUUUUAUCACAUUAUUAAUCAAUUAUUAUUUACUACACAUCAAAUGUUUAAUACCUGUAUGGUUAUAUAAACAAUAUAAAAUUUAUAUUUCUUUAAUAAUACUAAAUUUAAUAUUCUUAUUACUAAGUGAAGCUCAAAUAUAUGCUGGCAGAAAGGUAUCUAUAAAUGUUGAUUACUAA